UGGAGGAGCAAAGAUCAGCAUCUUCAGACUCAGCAUCGCAUCUUUUGGUCCAUGGCUCCAACUGCAGUCAUGAAUGUAGGUAUCUGUCUGUGUGUUCUCCUGGCUGCUUUGUCCAGCAGUUCGCUGAGUCUGCCCUCACAGUCCAUGUCACAGAUAGCUGAGGGUGAGGCUCUCGUGUCAGACAACCCGCCUCCCCCAUCCCUCAACACACGCCAGGCCCGCUCGGCCCCAGCGGCCCCCUCAGGGCAACUAGCCAACUACAACCAACUACAGGAGGAGGCAAAUGCUAGAAACAGCCUGAGCCAGCUACUGGCCAGAGUCCUCUCAAGGAAAGGCUCUCCCUACGAGACCAGAUCCUCCCUCACCAGCAGAGCCAGUGGUCUGGCCCCGGGCCACAGGAUAAAGGACAGAGACUACCAAGGCUGGAUGGACUUUGGUCGACGCAGUGCGGAGGAGUAUGAAUACCCCUCCUAAAGGCACGGCUUGCUUCCUCCAAAACCUAAGUUACAACCCCUAUCACUGCCAAUAAAAGCCCACAAAAAAUAAUACGCCCUUUUCACACUGCACUUACUGUAACCAAGGGCUGACGUGACUGGAACCCAUAGUGUGUGUAACAUCAAAAUAUAUAAACGGCGAGGGGGGGAUGGCCGAUGAAUCUCCAUGCUGAAGUAAAGAGCACUUGCCAAACUGCUCCCCACACUACGUCAGAAUUGUAUUCAAGCACAAAUGUUACAGAUAAUGCUGACAAUUUUCUAUAUUGUUGUUAUUGUCAGGAAAUCCUACAAAAGAUAAAAAACAACAGUGCGUAUGCUCAUCUCACAUUAUUUUCUGACUUCCCUGUAUGUGGCUGUCUAGCCCUUUUGUUCUAAUUGAAAACAUAAAUCAUUAAAAACAGCUCACAAAUAAAUGGUUUCAUUCUUACAAAGACUCAUUAAUGCAGAAACAGAGGGGCUGUAGUUUUAGAAGUCAUCACUUAAACAGGAGGAAAUGGGAAUGUUCAUUGUAAUUCAAGAGCACGUCCCACAGUGCAACAGUGUGACUCAGUGACUGGUUUUUAUAGUUUUAAGGCAACAGUGGAGGUCUAUGGCAAAGAGGAUAAUUGAGGCUUUGGCUGCACACGUAAUAUUUGUGAAAUAGGUUUUAAUUCAUCGUUGAUAUUGUUGUUUUUAUUGGAUUUUUUGACAAUAAGAAAAAUACAGAAUUUUUCCAAACCUAUGCUUUAAGACCAACAGGAACAGACACAAGGUUGUGUUGACAGCUCAGCAGACAUUGGCUCUUAGGUCUUGCGCAAAAUUGAGCAAGGCUUUUGACAAAUUGUGUGAAUGGAUAUAGUCUCAAUUUACUUGGAUAAGAAAAAAACUGAAUAUUAACCAGAAAAUGUUCCAUUAAAUAUAAAUUCCAGCCCUGUUCUCACUGUCUUAACACUUAAAUUUAUGUUACUCAAAGUUAUUAAAGAGUCUCAUUCUUCUGACCAUUAGGAAUGUAUCAAAGGCCUUCAUAUUGGAUCGUAAUGAGCCACAUGGGUGUCUUUGGCAAUUGGAUCAAAAGUGUGAUUUAAGUCUGUAUCUUUUAUUGGUCCUCAAUUCAUUGAGCUAACUGCAGCCCAGAGCUUCAAUUCACAUGUCUAUUCAUGUCAUACCAACUCUAACGAAAACAUUGUGAUACAUCAGUACAUCAGAGUAUCAGUAAGGAGUCUCUGAAUUGGAACAAAAGUUGCUUUAAACAGCACAAACUUUUCUCCCCAACCCUGCCUGAUGAAGGUAACCCUGGGCUCAAAAUGUGCAGUGUGAAAAGCAUAAGAUAUGUCCUAGAAAGCACAAGGUGUGGUCUGCUCUAUAUGAGAUGCAUAGGAGUUGCCCUAUCAUUCAUUAUAGACCUCGGUGGAGGAAAGUACUGCAGAUAAGAAUAGAAGAGUGUUUUUUUUUUUGUUUUUUUUAAAUAGUAUGUAUGUAUGCACUCUUAAAGGUUAAAGUCUCUGUGAUACAUUAUAACUUUCUACAAACUUUCAGAUUCAACAAAAAUCUAAAUAAAGCUCUGUUUUCCUCUGAUGUCAGCAAGAAAUGCAAAUGCCUUUGUUUGGGAUUAUGAUGUUAUUAUGAUUCGAGGGCACAGUAUUAUGAUCCCAAGCAUUUCAUGUGUCCUUUGCCUGCGGCUGCCGUGUCUAUGAGUGACCUUCCACAUGAGCAUUUGGCAUAAUUCACCAGGGUUUCCUCAAGUACAUGAAAGCCAGGACAUUAUCAUUAGUUUCUAUUGUUUACAAAGAUCAGUCUUUCGCAGGAUGAGCACUUGGAAUAAUGAGCCAUUUUCCUGAACAUUUAAAUUGGUUUAAUCCUGUUUUAGAAGUGGCUCUGAAACGCAUCCUAAUUUAUUUAUUUUAUAUAAAUUUAUAAAGGUACUUAUCAUCAAUUUUUGUUAAUCAUUUAUUAAACUGGGGAAUGAAACAAAUCUUUAACACACUGCUAAAGUGAGGGAACACUUUGCUCAAAUCAUUCAGUGGACGUCAACUAUAAUACCAUAUUUUAACAUAUGAUUUUAUGCCUCCAGGUGAUUUAAAUCAAAUGCUAAUGAGGAGCAGAGGAGCAAAAGGUGAACAUCAAGUGAAAGUGAGGGAUUCUCUGCCUGGCUGAACACACAGGAAACCUGAAUGCACCCUGUUCGUAGAGAGAAAUGUAAUAAAAUUAAGCUUUCAUUUUGCAAAUAUAAAUAGAUGGUCAUAUAUCUAAUGUAAAUUUCUUUGUAUAAUGGCUAUGAAGCAAUAUGAGUGUAUAUGUAUAUCAUUUUUGGAUGAAUAAUUGGGUUUUAUGUGUUCAAAGUGAAGCAAAGACGGGUCUUGAUCUUGAUUUAUCAGUUACUCUGGCUUGGAAUGAAUACAAUACUAUACUGACUUCUGAAUAAAACUCAACUGCCACACUGUUAAAAAAAUUAAUUUGCAUUAAAAUGAAAUAUUCAAUCAAAGCUCCCUUGAAUUAGUACUUAAG